AUGAUGGAAAUGCACUUCCCUGUUCCUCAAAAGAAGAAAAAGCGAGGGCCUACACAUGAACGAUUCAGUUCUCUGUUUCCUAUUCCAAUAUUAGCAGCUGAUAGACAAAAGCCAAGUUUUUGUCCUUAUUUCAUUGGUAAGCUUGAAGGAAACCAUGUUGUUGUAAAACAUUCUGGUGAUGCUUACUAUCUGUAUAAAAUGGGUUGCUUUGGAAAAGGAACAUUAUCAAGAAGUUUGCCAGAAUAUGAAAGAUCACAGAAAUUUAUUGAUGUACCAAAGGAUGACAAAAUAUUACCUCUGAAAGUUAUGAAUUCCAACAAGUAUAUUUGUCAUCUGAAGUGGAGAGAAGCUCAGCAUAAUAAUUUCAAAAGAAUAAGUGAAUCUGACAAUGAGGACGUAAAUAUGGAAAAACUAGAUAAGAAUGAUCCACAACAAAAAGCAGAAAGAGAUAAAUGCAACAUGAACAACUCAUCUGCUAGUGACAUCGAUAAACAGACUUCAGACCCUGAGGAAAAGAAUUUUACCAAGAAACACUUGUCCAAAUUUGAUGACUCAAAACCAAAUUUAUUUGUUGUAAAUGGCAAAGAGCCAGAAAGUCAGUGUUUUCCAAAUCAAGUUCAAUGGUUGCCUGCAUUGAAAAGAGAUCCUUACCCAAUAAAUGAACAUUUGCUGUUGACAUAUGAAGAGGCAUUUUUUUUGUCCUAUGGCCUUGGUUACUUGCUGGUAGAAGACAGUUUAGGUAAAGCAAUGAAUCUUGAAGAAAUGUGGAAAACUUUUUGUCAGAGAAGAAAAAAAUUUGUACCUAUAUACAUUGCUUAUCAUUAUUAUAGAAGUUGUGGAUGGGUACCUAAGCCUGGGUUAAAGUUUGGAACUGACUUAAUUCUUUACAAAGAAGGCAAUUCCUUCUAUCAUGCAACAUACUCUGUAAAUGUUCAAAUGGUUGAAAGCAACUUUUUGAAUGAAGAUCCUUACCAUUUAAUGGCUAAAAGUGACUGGGUUACUUUGUCUGGCCUUGACAGAAUGAAUGAACAUGUUACUAAACAAUUAUUGUUUUGUUAUGUGAUAAGGCCAACAGCCCUAACUGAAGAUCUUCUCUCUCCAAAAUGUAUCUCUUCUUUUUCUGUUCAAGAAAUGAUAGUAUCACGAUGGGUGUCAUCCCAAAACAGAGAAAAAAAAUGUAACCAAUUUCCAGAAGAAUUUCCAUGA